AUGGGAGUGGAUCAAAGUAAAUGACCGGGACACUCUAAUGAUGAGCUCAAUGGAGUUGGCAAUGUGAUUUGCUACAUUCUCUAAUUAUCCUCAGCAGGCUAGGCCUCAUAGCAUGGUUGAUGGUGCCAUUAAAGUAACAACAUUGAAACUUACAUAUGCAAGAGAUUGUUCACGAGAAGGGCUUGAAGCGGCAAAUUAUUUUCUAUUUAUUUAUGAACAGAGCUCGAAAACUCACAUUGGC